ACAUCAGUACCAGCGAUCAUCUCGGUCACGGCCUGUCCUCCUAUUGCAUGCUCCGCAUCCAGCUGCAGCGCAAGAUCAUCCUCCAGCCCCAUGCCCAUGCCCAGAUCGUUCAUAUCACUUGAUAAAUGCAUCCCCAGCGCGCCGAGCUCAUCGAUGUUCAUAUCCAGUGGAUAAUCGAUUUCGCCCAGAUCUCGCAUGGCCAAGUCUCCACCCAGGUCACCACCGAGGUCACGCAGGUCUGUAAGAUCGGCAAUGUCGCCGAACCCGCUGCCGACGUCCCCCGAGCUCCCGCCAAAGAGGUCAUCAAACGUCGUGCUUCCCUCGUCAGCCCCGCCUGUGACGCCGAGCGUUUGGCCAGAAGCGGCAGCGAGAGCAGCAUCGAGUUCGAUGCCUUGCAUGCCGUCUAUCCCUUCCAACCCCUCUAUUCCACUUAUCCCACUCAUCCCAUCCAUGCCGCUCAUGCCAUCCAUCCCAUCCAUGCCACUCAUGCCAUCCAUCCCCUGCAUCCCCACCAGAUGCUCCAACUCCAAAGGUCCAAGGACGUGUAUCUCCGGCGGCCCCUCUUCCCUGACAUCGGGCAUCAGCUUCUUCCCAGGGUACUCUCGUACCAGCUCGUGCUCCCCCUCCCAAGCCCACUCGAGGAGGAAGCCUACUCCCCCUCGGCGGAGGACUUCCCCGGCACGCGCUUCCCAGUCCCUGGCUUGCUCUGGCCCGGAGUUAGGAGGCGGGAGGACGGAAAGCCGCUCGACCCUCAGCCGGUGGCAAGGGCUUGACAGGGGAUGGUAGACGGAGAGCGUAAGGUGGGGGAGGACGGUUAUCCUGAACUGAGGCUGACCGGAUAGGGAGAGUGCAGGAGGAGGAGGGCGGGU